UUUAUUGAUUUGUUCCUUAGAUACAUGUUAACAAUUUAAAGAAUUUAAAGCUAUGGCAUUGCCGUCAGCUCGGUUAGCAAAUUUAUAUAUAAAUAUAUCUUUUCUUUAUAAAAUAAUAAAUAAAUGUAACUAUUCAAAUUCUGUGAUAAUUAACAUUCUAUACUUGUAAAUAUCUUUCAAGAAUAAGGCGAGAGGUUUCCAAUCAGGUCCUUUCAACAGCUUUAUUGUUUCCCCCAUUGAUAGGGUUCUUUUUCCAAAGUAUGAACAUCGCUGCGUUGCAAAAAUGGGACAUAUGCUCAUGAAAUGAAAAGAGUCUUCUUUGGACUUAAGGUUACAUAGGGUGCAAAAUUGGUUAAAACUUCCAUUGUAAGGUGUUCCGUUAAGUCCUAAGAUUUCGCAUCUUACUUUAAAUAUUAAAGAAAUUUCCUUAUAACUUAAGGAGUCUUGGAAGUAAUUUGAUUCUUUUAAACAUAUAUUGAGUUGGGAGUACAAUAUUCUACUUAAAGAAUUACGGGCGCUGGUUUUAAAGGCAUCACGCACAGAGUUUUCAUGUUUCCCAAUAAUACGAUACAACUGCUCCCUUAAAUUUGUUAAAUUACUCGAAUCCAUCGAAACCGCCUCAUCGAAACUGCUUGCCAUAUUUUUCCAUUUCGCCAUCCACCAAUCCUCAUUUCUUACUUCGUAGAGUUGCAAUUUUUUAGACAGCCGUUGAUCUGGGUGACGAAAACUUUUCAAAAUAAAAUCCGCCUGAGACUUCAUGGUACCAGUGAAAAGUUUGGGAAGUCCCGUUUCGAGGUAAAGUGCAUAGCUUGGGGUUUGUAAAGGGAGAUUAAAAAGUUUUUUUAAGAAAUUCCUGUGGAAUUUUUCAAUCGGUUCAUACUCGUCUAUACCCCAUACUUGAGCAGCAUAGUAAAGUGUAGUCUUGACAACAGUGUCAAAGAUCUUGUAUUUUGCAGAAAUUGGUAUCCGUUUGUUAGAGAACACAUUACUGCACGAAAGGUUCAACAUACUUUGACAAGAAUUUGUUUUUGCCACUAAGUGUUCAUUAAAGUCAAGUUUAGGGUAAAGUUUCACUCCUAAGUAAUUGUAUUCCGUAACCACUUCUAGAUUUGUACCAUUAAAGAACCAAUUAUAUCGGUUUUGACUCCUGGCAGAUCUUGAGAAUAACAUUACUUUGGAUUUGUUGGUGUUAAUAACAAGUUCCCAUUUACAGCAAUAAUCCGAAAGACGGUUAAUCAUUAGUUGGAGAACAUCGGGCGAUUCCGCUAGUAACACCAAAUCAUCGGCAUAUAGAAGCACAUUUAUGGACAUACCAGCAAUCCUAAUUCCUCCAGGAAGAACCGCCAUAAUAGAUGUUUUUGAAGACAUACGUUGGUUUUUCGGAAGACUUGGAAUAUUUUGCGAAUUGGUGGAAAAAAUGUUGCCACCGGAAAAAAGAGAUGGCGAUCAAACCCAACUGAGUCUUAAUCUACAAAGUGGUUUUAGACACUUCCUUCUAGGAGUUCGAGAAAUCUCAAAAUCUAUUGUUGCAGUUUUAUCCAACAAAGAAGUACAAGAAUACCAACAACUCUCACGAGCAACAGACUAUGCUCAGGAAAUGGUCAAAUCUGUUGGUGAAUUUUUUCGUAACCUCCGUUUGUUAGUUGGAAAAUUAUUUGAAACUUACAACUAUUACGUUCCGGAAGUUCUAUUAACUAAAUGCGUUGGAAAUUACCUUCACGAGUCAUAUGCACACCGACCAAUUUAUGAAUAUCCAAUUUUGAUGAUCAACGAUAUUAUUGAGACUUUUCAAAAACCAAUAAAUUUACAAAUCGAAGGCAAUAAUUCUGGAUCAGAUCGAAAAAUGGGAUCGGGCACUGAAAUAAAUUUUGUUAAAAACGUUGAACAAAAUGAAAUUUUGGCCGAUGACAUGUAUGUUUUUCAUAAUACUGCCGUGAGUCCGACGCCUGAGCUUUCUAAUCGAUUUGGCAAUGAAACACCAAAAACUACUAAAGAUGAACAAUUAGCAUUAAUGACAAAUUCCGAAAAUGGUCAUCCUGAAGUAUCUAACUGGAUGAAAUGCUUUAAGAUUUAUGCUACUGAAACUAUAUUUCGCAAAUUGGAAUUUUACUUUUUGGAGAGAAAAGAAUAAAACUUAUAACAGUUAAGAAAAAAUAUUAAUAAGUUUAGUAGAGAUUUCAAUUUAUAAAUUUUUAGAGGAUUUAAAAUAUGUAUAAACAAAU